ACUCGGCCACUCUGCGGAGCAGGCAUGGGAGCCGCGCGCGUCCUCCGGGCGCCCACACCUGUCUGAGCGGCGCACGGCCGCGGCCCCGGCGGGCUGCUCCACGCGGGUGAGUGCGAUGCGGGGACCCGGCGUCUCCCGCUGGGUCCGAAGGACCAGGCGUGUGCCGGAGCCGGACAAAGAGUCGGGUGCGCGCGGGGUGGGGUGGCUGCGGGUAACACCGGGGAGUUUGCCGUGGCUUCCGCACAGACUCUGGGCUUAGGACAAGAGCCUGAAAGAGCCUCCCUCCCCGGACACCGGCUCUGUACAGCGUUUGGAUUCACUCAGUGUCUCUCUUAAAGUGGAUGGGGAAAAGAAGGUUUUGAAAGCGCUGUCUUGGAUGCAAGGUGUUGUCUAGGGGUCAAGUGGAGCUGUGUAUGGCAAGGUGUCCCUGGAGAGGUCAAGUAGCACUCAGCAUGGCUGGAAUCCCGGGGCUCUUCAUCCUUCUUGUCCUGCUCUGUGUGUUCAUGCAGGUGAGUCCCUACACCGUUCCGUGGAAACCCACAUGGCCGGCUUAUCGCCUCCCUGUAGUCUUGCCUCAGUCUACCCUCAACUUAGCUAAGGCAGACUUCGACGCCAAAGCGAAAUUGGAGGUGUCCUCCUCAUGUGGACCUCAGUGUCACAAGGGAACACCACUGCCCACCUACGAAGAGGCCAAGCAGUACCUUUCCUAUGAAACCCUUUAUGCCAAUGGCAGCCGCACAGAGACUCGGGUGGGCAUCUACAUCCUCAGCAAUGGUGAAGGCAGGGCACGAGGCAGAGACUCGGAGGCCACAGGGAGAUCUCGCAGGAAGAGGCAGAUUUAUGGCUACGAUGGCAGGUUUAGCAUUUUUGGGAAGGACUUCCUGCUCAAUUAUCCUUUCUCAACAUCGGUGAAGUUGUCUACUGGCUGCACUGGCACCCUGGUGGCAGAGAAGCACGUCCUCACUGCUGCCCACUGCAUACACGAUGGGAAAACCUAUGUGAAAGGGACACAGAAACUCCGAGUGGGCUUCCUGAAGCCCAAGUAUAAAGAUGGUGCCGGAGGGGACAACAGCUCGAGCUCAGCCAUGCCAGACAAGAUGAAGUUUCAGUGGAUCCGCGUGAAACGCACCCAUGUGCCCAAGGGGUGGAUCAAGGGCAAUGCCAAUGACAUCGGCAUGGAUUAUGACUACGCCCUGCUGGAACUCAAGAAACCCCACAAAAGACAGUUCAUGAAGAUUGGUGUGAGUCCUCCAGCGAAGCAGCUCCCAGGGGGCAGGAUCCACUUCUCUGGUUAUGACAAUGACCGGCCCGGCAAUUUGGUGUACCGCUUCUGUGAUGUCAAAGAUGAGACCUACGACCUUCUCUACCAGCAGUGUGACGCCCAGCCCGGGGCCAGUGGUUCAGGGGUCUAUGUGAGGAUGUGGAAGAGACCACAGCAGAAAUGGGAAAGAAAAAUUAUCGGCAUCUUUUCAGGGCACCAGUGGGUGGACAUGAAUGGCUCUCCACAGGAUUUCAACGUGGCAGUUAGAAUCACGCCUCUUAAAUAUGCCCAGAUUUGCUAUUGGAUUAAAGGAAACUACCUAGAUUGCAGGGAGGGGUGACAUGCGUCUUCUUGCCAGCACCAAUGGUCUUUUUGCACUCAUUGUAGGAGAGGCUAGCUUUUUAUCAUUGACUCUUGUGGUGUGAGUCACAUAGUAUCUUUUACCUAGUAUUCUUCAAAUGGCAAAAAUUAUUGGCUAUAUUAUUUUAAAACUGUUGUGUGCGUUAUAGCAUUUAAGCAGUCUGAAAGCAUACUUUUGCAUAGAGACUUUAAAGUAUUCGGGUAAUAGGGCCUAUUUGACAAGGAAGUUAAACUUUCAGUUUUUGGAGAAUUCUAAUUUUUGUCUGAUCCAAACUUGCUUCAGAGGUUUAUAUCAAAUACGUGACACACAGGGAAUAUGAAUUCUUAUGUUUGUAUAUGUAUAUGUUUUCUUCUGAGAGUCAUAUAUUGAUAUUUUUGUAAUGUGUGGUUAUUAUGCUUCCAGAUAAUGAUAGCAAAGUCUUCAAUAGGCAAUUUAUAAUGUUUUGGAUUCAAACAUUUACGUAGUAGUCCUUGAAGAGAACAAUAAUUUAUUGGCUAUAUUGAUACCCAUAUAAGACUGUAUCUUACAGUGCACAGAAUUCCCACGCUGCUUUUAGUUUUGAAAAUAAAACUUUCCCUUGUAAAAACUGCUGUUCUGCUUUUGUGGGACGUCUGUAUACAGUUCUGCAAAGCUUGCUAUCACACCAGAGUGGGCAAGACCAUUAAUUCCAAUCCUCCUCUUGGCAAGGUUUUAUUCGCAUGUCUGAAGCUAACAGUUUCUCGAAAGACAGUAAGUGGAGCCUAAUUAGAACAGGCUGAAAAGCUUCCCAGCUAGCACUUGUGGCUACAAUAAAAAACAAUUCUUGGAUUUUCUCCCCACAGUGAGGCACAUCUCACAGUUUAUCAUUUGGAUGAGUAAUUUAAAAUGAAUUAAAUUCCAGAGAACAAUGGAUGCACUGCUCCAUAGAUGUCACUGCAGAGUAACCACUUGUUUGAAGCCUAGCAUAAUCGCACAGCCUAAUCCAGAUUUAUUCUGCUUAGUUUUUCAACGUUUCCAGAGAGCUUUACAUUUGUUUAGUUGGUAAACUUUUCUCUCUCACUGCACUUAUUCUAUAGUUUAAAAAAAAAGUUUGAAAGUAGCUUUAGGAAAACCAGUAUAGCUUUAUUUUCCCGACUUCAAAGUGGCAUCUCGUGCUGGAAUGGUCUAGGCUAUAGGAACAUAAAACCAGACAUAGCAGUCAGAAAAACAACUGGAGGUGGUGGGUGAGAUGGCCCAGCAGGCAAGGAUAUUUGCUGCCAAGCCUGCCAGCCUGAGUGCAAUUCGUGGGACCCAAAUGUGGAAGAGGAGAACUGACUCCCACAGGUUGACCUCUGACCUCCACUGGCACACCAGUGCAAUCCCAUAAAUACACAAAUGUAAUUUCAAAAUCAGAGGGCUGGAGAAUGGCUAAGUAGUGAAGAAUGUUUGCUGAGGAAACAUGUGGACUGAGAUUCAAUUCCUCCUGGAACAUAAGAUGAACAGACAUGUAAUCCCAGUACUAUCAGGGACAAAGAUAGGAGGACUGAUGGUCCUUGCUGGCUUCUGGCCCAACUCCAAGUUCAGAGAGAGACUUUGCUACAGAGGAAUAAGGCAGAGAAUAAUAAAGCAGAACACUGGAUGUCCUCCUCUGGCAAUACACACACACACACACACACACACCCAGACACACUACAUAAAAUAAUUCAAACAAUGGGGGAGAAUACAAAAACUAACAAGAAUCAUACAUUCUAGUAAAUGUUAUGUAAACAGAAUCACAGCAUUAGGGAGAAAUUACUGACUUAUUUUGUAGUUUCAUCUUGUGACUCUUAGUCUAAAUCUAUCAGCGAGGAGACAAGCAACAUGAGGUCGAUGUUUGAGGGGUUGCAUGCUGGGUAAUUUUAGCUUACAUUGUAGCUCUAAGAACAUUCAAAUAUAACACUGUCAAUUAAGCA